CCUUUGUAUGCGUCACCACCGUUAGGCGGGAGAAACAGAACCCUGUUCAUAACUUUUUCACUGGGCAUGAAUUGUUUCAGAAGGUGGAGGAAAAAAAUUUGUCCUAUAGAGAAAAAAGUGAAUAAUUUGUAAUAGCAUUAUUAUACCUUGCAUCCGUAGAUUCCUUUUCAACUUCGUUGGAUUAUUCUCUCUCUUCCGACACAAUCACUUUAGUAGGAUACUAUUCUAUCCAAAUUCAAAAGCUUGUUCCUCGUACAUCGUAUAUAGCAGCUUGACAACCAUGAAAGCCAUUGCAUUCACUACAAGUCCCUUCUUUUCUCCACCCUUUUGUUCAUCUACCACUACCUCUUCUUCUUGUUCCUCAUCGUCUUCUCCCCAUCGUGCUAGAUUUCAACGUUUUAAGUCCUCAGGAUUAAAACCCUUCACUCUUUCUUGCAGAGAAGCACGGUUGUGCUCUUUGCAGGGGUUGAAAGCUAUGAGGGGUGGAAAAAGUUUUGUGCUUGAGGCUGGAAAUAUCACCACGGCAGAGGUUGAUUCUCAUGGAGAAGGGGAGAACGAGGGUGCUUUGCUAUGCUCCGAUAAUGAGAACAAUUCAAGGCCUCGGAGAAUUGCUCUCUUCGUUGAACCUUCUCCCUUUGCAUAUGUCUCAGGAUACAAAAACCGGUUUCAAAACUUCAUCAAAUGCCUUCGCGAAAUGGGAGAUGAGGUGAUGGUUGUGACAACACAUGAGGGAGUGCCCCAGGAAUUUUAUGGAGCCAAAUUAAUUGGAUCUUGGAGCUUUCCCUGCCCAUUGUAUCAGAAGGUACCCCUCUCCUUGGCACUUAGUCCAAGAAUAAUUUCAGAGGUAGCCCGGUUUAAGCCUGACAUAAUUCAUGCAUCUUCGCCAGGCAUAAUGGUUUUUGGAGCUCUUAUCAUUGCAAAACUAUUGUGUGUUCCUAUUGUCAUGUCCUACCACACCCAUGUACCUGUGUACAUUCCAAGAUAUACCUUUAGCUGGUUGGUGAAACCCAUGUGGUUGAUCAUAAAAUUUCUUCACAGAGCAGCUGAUCUGACUCUGGUUCCAUCUGCUGCCAUAGCAGGGGAUCUCCUAGCAGCUAGAGUCACAGCAGCUAACAAGAUUCGACUUUGGAACAAGGGUGUUGAUUCUGAAAAAUUCCAUCCCCGAUACCGUUCAUAUGAAAUGCGAUUAAGACUAAGCAAUGGUGAACCUGAGAAACCCUUGAUAGUUCAUGUUGGACGGCUUGGAGUAGAGAAGAGUUUAGAUUUUCUCAAAAGGCUCAUGGAUAGGCUUCCUGAAGCCCGAAUCGCUUUCAUUGGUGAUGGACCAUACAGGGAGGAGCUAGAGAAAAUGUUUAAAGGUAUGCCUGCAGUGUUCACUGGAAUGCUAAGAGGGGAAGAACUGUCCCAAGCAUAUGCUAGUGGAGAUGUGUUUGUCAUGCCUUCAGAGUCAGAGACACUUGGUUUUGUGGUUUUGGAGGCCAUGUCUUCAGGGAUACCUGUGGUGGCGGCACGUGCGGGAGGUAUUCCUGAUAUAAUCCCUGCAGAUCAAGACGGAAAAACUAGCUAUUUGUAUAAUCCUGGAGAUCUUGAAGAUUGCUUGAGUAAACUAAAGCCACUUUUGCACAACAAAGUGUUGAGGGAAACCAUGGCAAAAGCUGCGCGUGAAGAGAUGGAAAAGUAUGAUUGGAAGGAAGCCACACGAAUAAUUCGCAACGAACAAUACAAUGCUGCCAUUUGGUUCUGGCGCAAGAAAAGAGCUCAACUGUUGAGACCCUUCCAAUGGCUGGCAAAACGUUUUUUCCCUUCACCACAAGUCAAUUAAGAUUUGCAGUCGUAGAACCCUAGGCAGACGGAGCAAUGGUUGUGUGGACUAGCAGACGACGGAGCUCCCAUUCAUAUGUUGGAAUGGCAUCAGGGAUGGGCUCAGAACUGAUUUUCAGAGGGCAUGAGGCCUAGCCCGUCGAUGACGCCUACUCGCCAAAGCCCAACAAACCCUGGCUCUCCGUCACUCGCCUGAUUCACUACAUGCUCCGUGAGCAGCGACUCCUCUUCGUCGUCCUCGGAGUCGUCAUCGCCACUAUCUUCUUCAUACUCGUCCCCUCCUCUUCCACCUCCUCGCUCACAUCCCCUACGAACGGCUCCCGAUCUCGUACUUCGAGCGCGAGUCCAAGAUUCUUGCGUACCACCAUCGCGUCGUGGCGGUGGUGCAUUUGGUGGGGAAGGUACCUCUGGGGAUUAAACGGAAAGGACUUCGGAUCGUCGUGACAGGUGGCGCGGGGUUCGUAGGAUCGAUUGAUUACGCGAGGGGACUGUUAUCGUGGUGGGCAAUUUCUUUACUGGAAGGAAGGAGAACGUCAUGCGACACGACGUCAUGGAGCCUCUACUGUUGGAGGUGGAUCAGAUCUACCAUCUUGCUUGUCCUGCUUCCCCUCUCCAUUACAAGUUCAAUCCCGUCAAGACUAUCAUAUCCUUUUUUAAUUUUUUAUUUUUAUUUUUGUUUUAGCAUUUAAGUUUCUUUUCAGGAUCUAACCAUUGUUACGGGAAAUUGGAGUUCUUAAUUGUGUCUACAAGACCAAUGUGGUGGGGACCUUGAACGUGCUUGGGCUUGCUAAGAGAGUGGGUGCGAGGUUCUUGUUGAUCGGUACCAGUAAGGUUUAUGGAGAUCCUCUACAGCACCCUAAAAUGGAGACUCACUGGAACAAAAGUAAACAUUUAUUUUAGGAAGUAUAUGAUGUAUUUUAGGAUAAAAUUAUAUGUAUAAAUAUUAUAAAUUUGAAUAAUUAUUGAUUAAGUUGUAAGAUAAGUUUCAUUUUAAAUUA